GCGCUCGAGCUGCAGCUCGCUUGGUGGAGACGCCUAAAAUGGCCGCCGCUCCCAGCGCCACUGAGGCCCGGCGCAUCACAGACCUGCGUGUCGUAGAUCUCAAAUCCGAACUCAAACGGCGGAAUCUAGACAUAAGUGGUGUUAAAACCGUCCUGAUCGCCAGGUUGAAACAGGUAAUAGAAGAGGAGGGAGGCGAUCCUGAUAACGUGCAGCUCUUUUCCGAUACUCUUUCAAAGAAAACACCUAAAAGCAAAGGGAAAAAACAGGAUACUGAUGAAGCUGGUGGUGAUGUCAGCACAGAGGAGGAUGGCAAUGGCAAGAUGGAAGCUGAUAUAGAUGCAAUCCAGAGUGAUUCCCAGGACACAAGUGAUCAAGAUGGAAUAGAGGAGCAAAAAAACAGCGAAACUGAGGAAAUGGAUAAAAAUGGUGAUUCAGUCAGUGGAGAGUUGCCUGCAAGUGCAGAUGAACCUGAUGCUACAACUCUGGAUGAUGGGGAGCCAGAAGACCAGGCAGAGGAAGAAAAUGAAGAGCUUGUUCUUGAAGAAGUGGAUGUACUUUUGCCUGAAGAGAUAUUUCAGGAAGCAGAAGAGGAUGAGAAUGAAAAAGAUGUAGAUGAUAUAGAUGACGGUUCUCGUGAAGUGUCUAAAUCUCUACCUUCAGAGCAAGGCCUUGCUGAAGCUGAACAAAUGGUUCAAGAUGAAACUGAACCCAGUGCAUCUUUGAAGGAAGCGGAUGACGAUAAUAUAUCAGUCACAAUCCAAGCAGAAGAUGCCAUCACAUUGGACUUCGAUGGAGAUGAUCUCUUGGAAACAGGUAAAACCUUGAAAACUCCAGAAGGUGAGAGUAAGACCAAAGCUGAAAAGGAAUCCCAGUCCCAGGAGGAUGUGAAGGGAGAAGUCAAAAAUGAGGGAAAGAAAGAGAAAAACCAUAAGGAAGGAAGAAAAGAGGAGGGGACAAAAGCAGAGUCAGCAAAGAAGGAAACCAGAGAAGGGUCCAGAAAGGCUGAAACUGGAGAUAAAGAGAGAGAUUCUUCAAAGAAAGGCCCCUCAUCUUCUGGGGCAUCCAAUCAAGCAAAGAGUUCAAGUAAGGAUUCGAAAGAUAAAAGCUCUACUAAAGAUGAAAAAGGGGGUGUUAAUAGCAGUACUGGGAGUAGCAGUGGCAGCACUAGCAGUUCAACCAAGAACCUGUGGAUUAGUGGCUUGUCUUCAAAUACUAAAGCAGCUGAUCUGAAGAACCUGUUCAGUAAAUAUGGCAAGGUUCUGAGUGCAAAAGUAGUAACUAAUGCACGCAGUCCUGGUGCUCGAUGUUAUGGAUUUGUGACUAUGUCUUCAAGCGCAGAAAUGUCUCGGUGUAUUUCACACCUUCAUCGCACUGAGCUACAUGGACAGCAGAUUUCUGUUGAAAAGGUUAAAAAUGAUCCUUUUAAAAAAGAAUCCACAAUAAAAGAUGGAACCGGGAAAACGGGUUCAAGCAGAAGUAACAGUGAUAAAAAGAGUUCGACGAGUGGAAAGACAACUAGCAAGACACAAGUUUCUUCCAAAAAGGAGGAUAAGAAAACUGAAAAACCUGGAGAAAGAAAAGAAAGCAAGGAUGGGUCAAGCUCCUCAAAAAAACCAGAAAAUAAAAAGGAUGAGAAGGAGAGUGCAACGAGUAGCAGUCAUGACCAUACCAAAAAAGUGGAUGAAAAGAAGCGAAGGAGUGUGAAGAGUCCUCAUCGAAUGGUGGUUAUUGACAAGACUAAAGGUGAACCUGUUGUUAGUGUGAAAACUGCAAAGAAAGGCAAGAGUGAGCAGGCAUCUAGUUCAAGAAGCAAAGAGAAACACAUUCCAUCUAAACCAAACUUCAGGGACAGAAAGGAUAUUCUGCCAUUUGAAAAAAUAAAACAGCAAAAGAUUCGUGAGCGCUUAAUCCGAUUGGAACGCAUACGACGUGCAAUAGAAUUAAGAAGGCGACGUGAAAUAGCUGAAAGGCAGCGUCGUGAACGGGAGCGUAUUCGCAUGAUCCGUGAGCGUGAAGAACGUGAUCGCUUGCAACGCGAAAGAGAACGGUUGGAAAUUGAAAAACAAAAACUUGAGAGAGAGAGGAUGGAACGGGAACGACUAGAAAGGGAACGUAUACGUAUAGAACAGGAACGCCGUAAAGAAAUAGAGCGCAUUGCCCGUGAACGUGAAGAGCUUCGUCGGCAGCAAGAGCAGCUCCGCUACGAGCAAGAAAGAAGAAAUUCUUUAAAACGUCCUCACGAUGUUGAUAACCGACGCGAUGAACCCUAUUGGAAUGAACACAAAAGGAGGGCCAUGGACAAUGACGCCCGUUUCAGUCACAGUUCUGAUUACAGUCGUCAAGAACCGAACCGUUACAAUGACUUUGACCACAGGGUACCAUCGUCAUUUGAUAGACGAGGGGAUCGUUACAACCAUCAAGGAGAUGGAAAAAAGAAUCGUUCUGGUAGUCGCAGAGAGGACGCUGGGUAUAACAGAUAUCCAAAACCAUAUAGUGAUUCCAGAAGACCAACUUCCCAACAAAGAAGUGAACUUCAUGCAAAUAACGAGCGGAGAGAAAUAAGGGAGAGAGAUGACCGGCGAACUGUAACAAUUCAGGACCGCUCAGCUGGUAGCAGGGGGCAUGACCAUCUACAAAAGAUAUCCCCAUCGAGAAGCUUUCCUGACAGAAGUAGGAUGGAUGACCAUGGAGUCCAUCACAGUCGGCCAAGUCAUAAUUCUUCUAGACCCGAUGAUUGGAAGCCUAGUGGUGGUAUGGGUUCUACUAAACAUGAAUUGAGGAAUUCAAGAGAGAGGGAUCGAAUACGCCCAGAGAGAUCUGGACAGAAUCUGCGAAGUGGGCCACCGAGCGGUAUGGCUGGAUAUAACAGCCGAGAUGGAGGAAGACCAGCAAUAGGAGACAGAGGUGGUAAUACUCAGCAGUCUCACUACCAUGAUAACAGACACGUAGUGGUAGAACGUCAUGGUCGUGAUUCAGGAGGACCACGGAACAGUUGGCAUGCUGGACCCAGUUCCCAAGGCAGUGGCUAUCAAGACAUGCGGCGAAUGAGUGACAGUCGUGGUCCUGGCAUGAUUCCACUAUCCAGUCCUGUAGCAAACAGAAUUGUGCAGAUCACCAACAACACAAUGCAAGGAGGCAAUGUCUCAGGCUCCAAAGGAAUACAUGGAUCAGGAGAUGCUCGUUUUAAGCCAUUCAAAGGGGGUGCUCCGCGAAGAUUCUGAUGUACAAAUGUUUGUAGCAGUUGGUCUCUCUGUUUUGAGAUUUGUCUGUACUUGGUAGUCUUAUUCAAUGUGUACAACCAACUAUCUUUUCAAAAAUGUUUUUCCUGUUCGACAGACACGUUAUUAGGCCUUGUACUUUUUUUUUAGAAAAUGGUUUCGUGACUAAUGGACUUACUAAUGUUUUUUUUCUUUACCACCACAGCUGUUGAAAAUGGAGCAAAAUAAACCGUUAAUACUUUUCAAUCAGAUUUUGCGUAAAUGUCUUGUAUUGGGGAGAACUUGGCAGUGGAACCUCAGUUAUCUGCUGCUGGAGGGGUGGGGGAAGCCCCUCCAUGGAUAAUGAAAAUUAGGUGGUUGGAAAUCCCUGAUACUUAGUCGAACAGUGAGUUUUUUUUUUUAGCUUCAGUUGUAUCUUUGGAUGGCUUAAUCAAGCUCUUAGCACAUGUAGAUAACACCCAAGCUUUUCUAUUUUAAAAAUUGAACAUUCUUAAUGAAUGCUGGCAUCCUUGUCUCCAUUAGUCUCCUGCCCCCUAAAACUUCAGCUGCAUGGAUAGUGAAUUUCAGCAAAUACUGGAUACCUAAUUAUCUACUUAUCCAGCUGAAUCAAGAAUGGUCUGAAAUUAGUACAACAGCUAUAAUUGCAAUCUCAUGAAUAAUUGAGAGUGCAAAUAAUGGAAGCACAGAUAACUAAGGCUCCACUGUAUAGUCUCAACUAGAUUAUUCAUAAUGUUUUAUAGCAGUGAAUUGCACAAAUGUCACCUAUCUGUAGUUAGCCUUUUCUACAGUGAACACUAGCCAGUGAACAUUCAAAUGUUAAACAGUGCACGGAGGGGUGGGGGGGAGGUUUCACCUUUUGCGGAAUAGUGCUUGUAUUUAUUGACAAUUCUUUUCUACAUUUACCAGCAACAAUUUAAUUUUUUUUCGAAGAAAGGUUGUUCUUUACAAGUUCACAUGUAUAAAUGUGGUACUGAUGCUGGGAAAAUGUAUUCUUGCAUUUUGGAAUAAAUCUUAAUUAAAUUGA